AUGUUCAGAAGAAUGGCAGAUGAUCCUGCAAAUGCGAGUUUUCCAUUUGGAGCUCUCGAGUUUCUGCCCGGCAUAACACGAGGCUUGAUACAAUAUAUUGGUAGUCUACAAGAAAAUAUUGGUGAGAUAAAAAUGAAGAACGCUGAACUCCAAACGAUCCAAAACAAAUUCCAGGGGGAAACGGAAACAAAUAUAAAUUGGCUCCAAGAUGAGAACAAGUCUCCAAAAAUGGACACAGAGGCUUCCCUGGAUAUCAUACGUAGGCUUCAGAAGAAGAAUGAUAAACUAGAAGACGAAAUUGAGGAUCUAAGAAGGGAUUUUAUCAAGAAGAAGCAAUUGUACACAAGUAUGAAAGCAGAGAAAGAGAGUUUAGAGAACCAGCUCAAUGUUGUCAAAAGUGGGAUGGCUGGAGAUUCCGAUGAUCAGAAUCCCAGAAAGAAACACAGUCGUAUAGAAUGA